AUGAACGAGAACGGUGGUUCUUUCGUGGCUGUGAGGAGAAUUGCCCAUGGUAUUGAUCGUGGCACCACUUACCAACCAUCUUCGGGUAUGUAGAGCUCUUCCUCUUCCUGUCAUUUUAUUAGGAGAGAGUGUCUGUAUAGUUCGAAGAGAGAUGAAUGCACCUAAUACUCGAUUUUUUGACUAAUUAUACUCUAUUAGUCUCACCUGUCUGAGAAUUUGGGAUAAAUUCCGAAAUGUGCCUGGAGGGGCUAUAUAAUUUUUUUCGUCCCAAUUUUUUUUUAUUCUUCUGUUGAUCUGUUUGAGGGAAAAAAAAAUUCAACAAUACCAAAAAUUCAUUAGUAUCGUUUCAAGGGCACCACAUGGUUCUCGUUACGAGGGCAAUGGUUCACUCCCUAAAACAUUCUUGUUUUGUAUACGGUCGUGUUAUACUUGAAGAAGUAAGGAUUGUCCCGUUCACAACUCAUGGCAGUGAAAGACUCAAGUUUUUUUGGGAGUGAAGCACUGUGUCACUAGUUUAGAUCUUCUGGGCUCAAUGAAAAAUGUCUUAGGGUUAGAGGAAGAGGAUCAGGUGCAAUCUUCUUGUAAUUGCUAGAGCCGAACUGCUAUUAGUAUCCUGGCAAUUAUAGAGAUAAUAGAUAAUUAUUGUGCAACUAUGGCACAGAUAUUCUCACAGGUGGUUUCUGUGCUGCAUUUUGAUGGAAAUUAAAUAUCUAGAGUUUUUUUGGUGGUCUUUUAGAUGAGCACUUGCUUGCUGCUGCUUGUGUUUCACCUUUGAUCCACUGUUGUACUUGAGAUUGUCACGAUUUCAUCCAAUUGUGAGGCAUUUACUAUAACGAUUGAAUGUAACAUGUGUUCUGUAUUCAGCCUUUACAUUUCAAUUAUAGGUGAUUAGCAUUUCGAACUAGGUUUAUGUUUGCUAACGAUUUUUCUCAACUCUCAUGUGUGAUGGAGUGAAAAUUUCACAAUUAAAAGUUUUCUUGUUUAAAUGGUAUAGCUGAGGUUGUGACAGGAUCGACUGCAUGGAUUGGUAGAAGCUUUUCAUGUGUUUGUGCUCAGGGAAGGGAGAAUGACGCCCGUCUGUCAUUUGACUUUACACCUUUCCAGGUAAUAUUUUUCCUUUGUUUUUUUUCUCAUUAUUGUCCGCACGUGAGUGAGUGAGUGAGUGAGAGAGAGAGAGAGAGAGAGAGAGAGAGAGAGGUGUAGUUUCUUCUCUCAUUGCGUGAAGAAGGGAGGCAAGAUAAGCAUUUGAACAGCAUAAGAUGAACGGAUAUAGAACAAUAUUUCCUUGUUUUUUGUGGUCAUACUGAAUUUGGCAAAUGGGGUACAGACCUGAGCCAUAAAGCUCUAUUUGGUGGCAUUGAAGUACUGAUAUUUUAGUUGAAACUUUUGAAUUGUUUUGAAAAAAGCAUUCGCCAUGAGGGGAUCAAAGAAUUUUCCUCAAAGACGUUCCAAGUUGUGCAACUAGUUACUGAAUCCUGAUGACCCGAUAGCUAUUUUUUCAGCAAAAUCAGUCCCUUUUUUGUUCAAGUUUAGUAUUUUCCUCUGACUUUUGUGUUUCAAAAGGAGGAAUGUCUUCAGAGGCUUCAAAGUCGCAUUGAUGUUUCCUAUGACAGCACGAAUGUUGAACACCAGGUAAUCUUAAAUUAAAUCAUAUAUAUAUUUUCGAAGUUUAUUAUCUUUUAUUUUUAUAGCCUUCAUCUUGAAUACAUUUUCUAUAAGUACACAACCAAUGUUUGCCAGCGUUUACGUCCUAAAUUUCCCAUAAAAAUCUGCUUCUAGAAGGGAAUGAUUAUUUCGUUUUUUAUUAUGUCGCGGUAUAUGGUGACUCGAGGGUUAUUCUAUUCCUCUUCAUUUUUCAAAAUGAUGUGAUAGUUACCUAAUUUUCGUUUUCAAGUUUUCCUCUUUUUUAGGAGGCCCUGAGGUCACUCUGGUAUGCUGCGUUUCCUGGAGUAGAACUGCAAGGUUUAGUAUCUGAACAAUGGAAGGAAAUGGGUUGGCAGGGAAAGGAUCCUUCCACAGAUUUCAGGUGCAGUUCUAGUGGACGUCGACAUAAAUAAUUGGCGGUGUUCUGUUUGAAACAUAAAAUUGAUAUUUGGAACAUGUCUUGCAGAGGAGGAGGUUUUAUAUCAUUGGAGAAUUUAUUGUUCUUUGCGAAGAACUUCCCAGUAUGUUCUUAGUCUGCUUUAACUUCCUUUCCUUAUUUUACUGGUUACAAUGCUCAUAGAUUUUUGUAUCAUUCUUAUAUGGCAUGAUGAAAAAUGAAAUUCUUAAGUGAAAUUACUCAAUUCGAGCAGUUGUUUGGCAUCCUUGCAUCGGCUCAAAUCUGAUGAUGGGAAAAUGAGGAACAGAUAAUGAAAGGGAAGAGUAAUGUGAUUUUUAUAUAGUUACAUAGUUUGAAAGAUGUGCAUUUAUUGUAUAGACUAGCACACAUUCAUCUGUAUCAGAGGUAGAUUAAGUUAUCCCUUGUUCGUGUUCCAAAAGGGCCUACAAGCACUUCGAUCAGUUCCUGGAAGAUCAUUCUGCAUUGAGCUUAGAAUAGUUUUUUAGCCAUCAAAAUCUGCACUGCACUAAACUCAAUAGAAGAUCAAGAUCUAAUCUGCAUUCCAUUUUCCAAGCAGAAGUCCUUCCAAGAUCUUCUCCAGAAGCAAGAAGGAGAUCGUGCAACGUGGGAGUAUCCGUUUGCUAUUGCUGGUGUAAACAUCACUUUCAUGCUAAUCCAGAUGCUUGAUCUCCAAGCUGGUAUGUAUUCUCGUUCUAUGUAUAUCAUCAGUUUCCAUCUGUUCAUUGUGGCUACACUCUAUUUUUCGCCCUCAUGGAUAAAUGAUUGCGCUUCUUUUGUUGGGGUUUUCUAGUUAAACCGCGCUCGAUGAUGGGAGCAGUUUUCUUGAAGCUACUCGCAGGUGUGUUGAAUGAAUGCAUCAGUACGAAUGUCCUGAUUAUAUUUAUGGAAAUAUACCGGGAUCAAACCUAAGAAAAUUCCUUUUAUCUUUUUCUAAAGAAAACUUGUACGGAAAUGAUAACUUUGGAUGGAACAUUUUAAGUUUAUGAUCAUAUAGUAGUGAAAAUCAAAAGGUAAAUAGAAUCGACUUAUUAUGUUCUAGGAUCUUCAAUUUUUUAUUUAACUUCGUUUUCAGUGGGUGAUUUAAAUAUUUUCUUUUUUCCCUUCCCUUUUGUUAAAAAAAAAAGUGGUUUAUUCUCGAAUGCUAUUUAUGGAAAGCAUAAUGGUGGAUGACGAAUUGUAACUUUUAUGAUCAUAACGGGGAAAUCAAAGCUGUAUUUACUACAAUAUAUUAACCUUUUUGAUCCCCUUUUCGUUGACUUUUAAUUUCGUAUUUUUUUUAUUCUCCAAGGCUAUUUAUGAAAUUUCCCUUCAUUUUUCUUCAGAAAAUUGUGUGGAAAUCAUAAUUGAUUAUAUCCGAGUUAUUAACUUAUUUUUUCAGUGGGUUAUUUCGGUAUUUAUUUUUUUCUCAAAAAAAAACUAAAACAGCUGAUCUCUUCACCCGAGAAGGAGAACCCUUCCAGAUCAGAUUCCCGCUUCCCUCACAUUCAGAAGAUUAAGUCUCUUAUUGGUUCAUAUCUUUGUUCUAACAUGAGCAGAGGAUGAACGGGCGUUUGAUCUCCUCUACUGCAUAGCAUUCAAGAUGAUGGACCAGCAGUGGCUCGCCAUGCAUGCAUCCUACAUGGACUUCAGCGUAAGCCUGGUGCCACCAUCUGGUCUCCCCCCCACCUCUCAGUGGCCGAAUCAUAUCUGACGACUUGCUUUGUGCCCAAAACAGUCAGUGAUGAAGUCCACGUGCCGCCAUCUGGAGAGAGAGUUGCUUCUUGAGGACAUUCUGACCCUUGAGGACCUGCCCUCUUACAGCCUGCUGGCUCGCUCGUAG